AUGAUGAAGUCCUUUUCUCUCCCCUGGAACCCGUCCACGUUCGAGAUCUCCAAGUUCCCCGGCUCGUUCCCGAAUAUCUUGGAACUCGUCGACCUCCCCGGGAACAAGGACCAGAGACGCCCGUGCCGUAAGGCCUGCUGCGCGGCUCCUAAGGUCCUCCGCCCGUGCGGAGAUCGAUGCCACGUCGGUUUCCAGCGCAUUCCGCAUGGCAGCUAUCUGCCUCCCGCUUCGCCGCGCCCUCCGCCAGCCUUUCCAGACGCCCCGCAAGCAGCUCCUCAGCGGGUAUCUGGCGUACAUUAUCGUCGAGUUCGCGAGGCUGGACAACACAUACGUGCUGCUGGCGUAGCGUCCCCCAUCUGCACCGGGCCCGUCUUCAAGGAAGGCCAGGGCCUUUCGCGGCACAAGGCCUGUCUCGACCCACGCUGUUUGUUUCUGCACCUGUCCCCACAAACACGCAACUUUAUUUACCGGUGCUCUGCUCCGCCGCAGUGGGAUCUCUUCAUCAGCGGGCCGCCAGACUCUGUCUACGAGAACCAUGUUCUCCAUGCGAAGAUGCACUUCCCCAGCAAGUACCCCUUCCAGCCACCGACCUUCCGUUUUGUGACCAAGAUGUUCCAUCCGAACAUCUACAACGACGGGAUUGUGUGCAUUUCCAUUCUCCACUCGGAGAGAGACGACCCGACCAACUAUGAGAACGAAAACUGCACCUGGACGCCCGGGCAGAACGUCAGAACAGUCUGUCUCAGCAUCAUUUCACUCCUCAACUCCCCGAACAUCUUCAGCCCGGCCAACGUCGACGCGUCCAAGAUGCUGCGGGACGACAAGCCCCUUUACGAAAAGUUUAUAAAAGAGCUUUUGGAGAAGAAAAAGUCGGAGGAAUAA